AGGGUAAAAUAGUCAUUAAAGUAACCCUAGUCUCACACUGUCUCGCUCUCACUCUUCUUCUUGCUCCUCCAAUUUAUACGGCGCCAGUCUCAGCGUUUUCUUUCCUCCCCGUUCCUCACGAUCUGAGGACGACACUAACAACCUUCACUCGGCGCCCUCUUCGGGUCACCGUGUAAACUGUAAUCAUGGCGGAACAACCGCAGAAGCAGCUGCAGCAUCCAUCAGUAGUUCAGAAGCUAGCUGGGCAAUCUUAUCUUGUGUCCAGGCUUGCAUCCAGAAACUAUUCCAACACUGGUAGUCACAUCAAUGGGGGCAUGCAGGCUCCAGGCUUGGCUUCUCUUGCACCUGUAUAUCCAUUCACUGUGCACGCUCCAGCUGAAAAGGGAGCAUCUGGUUUCUUAGUGGAUUUUCUCAUGGGAGGAGUAUCUGCUGCUGUAUCUAAGACGGCUGCUGCUCCAAUUGAACGAGUUAAAUUGCUCAUUCAAAAUCAGGAUGAAAUGCUCAAAACUGGUCGGUUGUCUGAACCAUACAAGGGAAUCGGUGAUUGUUUUGCUCGAACUAUGAAGGAUGAAGGAAUUAUUUCCCUUUGGAGAGGAAAUACUGCUAACGUUAUCAGAUACUUUCCUACACAGGCAUUGAACUUUGCUUUCAAGGAUUACUUCAAGAGGCUCUUCAACUUUAAAAAAGACAAAGAUGGCUACUGGAAGUGGUUUGCUGGGAAUUUGGCAUCUGGUGGAGCUGCUGGGGCUUCCUCCCUCUUGUUUGUCUAUUCUUUGGACUAUGCCCGAACACGUCUGGCAAAUGAUGCUAAGGCUGCUAAGAAGGGUGGGGAGAGGCAGUUCAAUGGAUUGGUUGAUGUUUACAGGAAGACCAUUAAGUCUGACGGUGUUGCUGGUCUCUAUCGUGGAUUCAACAUCUCAUGUGUUGGAAUUAUAGUGUACCGUGGUCUUUACUUCGGAAUGUACGAUUCUCUGAAACCAGUGGUUCUGGUUGGUGGUAUGCAGGAUAGUUUCCUCGCUAGUUUCCUUUUGGGUUGGGGAAUCACAAUAGGUGCUGGUUUGGCCUCUUAUCCCAUUGAUACUGUGCGUAGAAGAAUGAUGAUGACAUCAGGAGAAGCUGUGAAAUACAACAGCUCUUUGGAUGCAUUCAAACAGAUUGUUGCUAAAGAGGGUACCAAGUCACUCUUCAAAGGUGCCGGUGCAAAUAUACUACGUGCUGUGGCAGGUGCUGGAGUGCUUGCUGGUUACGAUAAGCUACAGCUGAUCAUGUUCGGAAAGAAAUAUGGAUCUGGCGGAGGCUAAUAUACAGAUAAUGAUGAAAACAAACUAUAUGGAGAUAUGGAGCAACUAUGUUGGUUUUCCUAUGCAUUGAAUAACUUGGAAGAAAUGAUUGUGGUUGAGGUUCCUCCCAAGAUAAGGACCCGGUAUUUAGAAAUCAUAGUUUCGCAGACUUCAUUUUAAAUUGGUUGUUAUAUUUCUGGAGCUUAUAAUUUGUCUAGUUUUUUGUUCGACCAUUUGGUUGAAAUUAUUGAAGACCGCUGUUUUGCUUGAUGCUUGGUUGCAAUGUGUUGCUCUCUAAUGAAAAUUACUUUUGUCCAAA